AUGGCAAACCCUCCAUCUCCGACUGAGCCGUCUCGUCCUCUCGACAUGACACCAUCUGCGAAGACCCUGCCAGUCCCUGAGAAGUCUCAGACUGAGCCGUCUCGUCUCCUCAACAUGACACCAUCUGCCGGCACCUUGUCGUGGAUGUAUGAGGACAAGCCCAUUCCCCUAGAUUCCCUUGGGAAAAACGCAGGCAACACUCUCAUGCAAUGGUGCCGUCAGCGCCACAACCGAGCGUUUGAAGAGCGAGCCUCUCCGCUUGCGAUGGGAUCUCUACACUCCAAGCGUACAACUGAGGCCGAAGCCUCAGCAAAGAUGGAGGAAUCCCUUCGUGAAAUCGAAGAGCAUGCCACUCUUCGCGCCAGCAUCCUGACAGAGAGCGCACAAGACAAGGCAGAGCGACAGACCCUUGCUGAGGCCGCCAGGGACGGCGGGUACACUUAUAACCCCUUCGGUUCUCUUGAUGAAAACCGAGCACAUCAGCAAGAAUACCUCGCACGUUCCAAGCUCAAGGAACUGGCACGAGAACAGCGUCGUGCCAACAACCUUUUGCUGGUGUCUACCGAUGAACAUCGUGAAGAGGCCUUGACCGAUCGAGCCUACAAUGUCGAAGACCCGGAGUUUGAGCAACACGAUGACAAGGACGACUCUGUCAAACCUCGACCUGAGGCGAAUCCAGGUUCUGCAGUCAUGGUCGAGGUGCACUCUCAGACCACAGCUGAAGACGUUAAACGACAGCUGCUGACCAAGCGACACGAUGAGCAUGGUAUGCCUCUGCCCCAGCGUACCCAACAUGUGGCAUGCAUCUUGACAGUGGGAGGCAAGUUCUUGGUCCCGUAUGACGACAAGCACGCUCAGCAUCUUGCCAACCGCUCAACGAACACCUUCCGCACUUCCCUUCAAUUCAGAGUUGCGGAAUAUGGCUACACCGAGGUCCUCAUUCUCUACACCAUCUCGCCUACUCCCGGCAAGGACUUCACCUUUGCGCAGACCACACUCUUCCUGAAGGACUUCACUCUCCCUCCCCAGGGCAGGGACAUCUCCGCGGAGGAAGCAACUACCCUGCUUAGGCAAGCCGGCUUACAGGGUGAGGUCAACUCCAAGGCCUUCCAUUCUGCCAUGGCCAUCGCAAAGUCGGGAUUUGUCUUCCAGUUCAAUCAAACCGCUCUCGACGCCUUGCUCCUCACCAAGCGCAAGGCGGAGACUCUUGCCCUGUGCAGCAAGCUCAAGACGAUUUGGACACAGGACGAAGUCACGCUCGAGUCCUUUUCGGACGUCAUCCUGUGCCAAACUACUGCCCUUCUCAAGCAAUGUGAGCACGACUGGAAGAUCAUGAAAGGCAAAGAUCCAUUGGAUCCCCUCUUUGCAGGAUGCGCCAAAGCCCGAACCUUCAACAUGGGAAACAUGGUAGAUGACAUUGUCUUUGACUAUGCCGAGCCUUCGGUAGUGUAUUUCCGAUCUGCCGACCAUCGCGCUGCCACCCUCGCAUAUGGUGCCAAAGCCGAAUUCGACUACGCCCAGGCUCUUGCCGCCGAGCUAGCGGACAAACCCUGCAAGGCUACCUUCAUUCCGGCCCAUCGUCCGAAGGACGGUGAGGCCGUUUGCCUCUACUAUGUAGUGGUGAACGAACCAAAGGCUGCAGAUAUCAUGCCGGUGGUGGGCGAACAUGUCACCUUCAAGAUCGACUCUCACCCAAUCUACCUCCCAGAGGCACCUGAGGAGGAAUUCUCUGAGGAAGAAGUCAAUCUACAAAUCGUCGAUCACAUCCUCAAAGGCUACGCGCAAGCGACACGCAUUGACGAUCAAGCCUUGGCUAGAGCCACCGUGGCCUUGGCUUUUAUGGACAUCUAUGACGGACCUGCAAGCGAAUUCCUGAACUUCGCAGAGAGCAAGCUGGACAAACUCACUCGCCGACCGAAAAACGAUGACAUUCCGAGAGAGACUGUCGUGGAGCACCGACAGCGUGUCCUUGACUUCGUAACCUCGGCCAUGGAGCAGAAUCAAAUCAAGCCGCCGAAGCGCGACCCAGCGGCGACCAAGCCUUCCUGGUCGGCGACCCGAAUCGAGCCAGUCGACCUCAUGGCAAAUGAUCUUGAUGCCAGGUCUUGGGCAUAG